GAUAGUGUGAUUCAGAGUCGAGCUUCGAUGGCCGCCAGAGAAGCAGUAGAAAUUUCCACACAAAUUCAAAGCAGUCAUUUUUAAAUCUAGCAACAACUGAUUCGAAAUGAAGGGCAACAUUGUAUUUAUUCUCCUUCUUACACAAAUGACGGUCAUGGCCGUAAAAAAGAGAAACAUGACCAAGCAUACGACGUCCGGAUUGGCCAAACACAAUUUAAUGCAGCCACUCAAGGGCAGAAAAGUGUCUCAGGGGCAGCAAAUUGCUCCUCAAGUCAAGCGAGCGCGGCAGGGGAAUAUGCCGAAUGGGGGUCCUCUCCUCGGUUCCCCUCCGGGUCAGGGUGGGUUACCGAUGGGACAGGGAAAUGAUCAGAUAUCCCCUCAGGGCCAGGGUAACAAUCAGAAUUUCCCUUUGGGACAGCAGGGCAACGGCCAGGGUUUCAAUCAGGCCAAUUUUCCUCAGGGAAAUAACCAGAAUAAUCCACAGGGUCAGGGAAAUGGCCAGGGUUUUAAUCAGGGUAACUUCCCGCUGAAUAACAACCAAAAUUUUCCUCAGGGUAAUUUUCCUCAAGGUCAGGGAAAUGGUCAGGGUAACUUCCCUCAGGGCCAGGGCAACGGCCAGGGCAUUCCUCAGGGUCAAGGGAACGGUCAGAAUUUUCCGCAGGGUCAAGGGAACAAUCAAGGUUUUCCACAGGGUGGUGGUCAGGGUUCCCCUCCAGGCCAAGGAAAUGUACCUCCAGGUCAGAACCCUUCGUACUACUACGAAGGUGACUACUAUUACUACGACGACACGUCUACUACCGUGAACGACGCGGCCAGCUUCAGCAAGCGUCAAGAGCAGACGCCGCCUGUGACCGCGGUGCCGUUGCCAGUGUCACCGUCGAACCCUUCGUCGUUGAAGCCGCGCAAGAGGAAAAACAAAAACAAGCAGGGACGCAACCCCUUGCGCAGGAGGCGGCCUGCUGGUCUACUCGGCAACGGCUUCGAAAACCCUUUCAAGCCGCACAUCAAGGUUUCGAUGAGGCAGGUGCAGGUGCUGCCCGUGCGAAGACCUGGUUGGAGGAACAGGAGGAGGAAAGCAAAUGCUGACAAAAACAAGAACAACAACGGCACUCUUACUGCAAACAACCAAACCAUAUCAGGUCAAGCUGGGGGUAGAGGAAAAAAGAACGGGCGCAACAACAAAAAUAAUAACCAACGGAACAAAAAGAACAGGCAGAAUGGCAACCGGAACAAGAGGAAGAGGAAGAAGAAGGGCACUAAGAAACCCACCGUGCCAACAACGGCCGCCCCCAAUGCUAUUGUGACUGCUGCUACCAACAUUCCGUUUGUAAACAGCAGACGACCUAGAAUGACCACUCCAGCGCCAGAAGACUACUACUAUGAGUAUUACGACAACCAGAACUCAAUAGACGCCAAGUCAAGCAACGUUAUCAGCACCAUGUCACAGUCCUGGACAACAGCGAGUGGAGCGAUGUCCACGUGGACCACGGCGACAGGUUCAACUGCUUCUGGCAACUCCAGUCCUUCUUCAGCCUCGUCAGGGUCGACAAGUCGCGAGAGCGAAGCUCUGAACUUCUGCCAAACCCAGAAUUUUGAUGACGCAAUCUAUUGCUGUUCAUUGCCGGCGGCGAGCUUAUUCAACUCUUACGAUAUGGACGAAUGUCUGGCCGACCUGGACCCUGAUAACGAGCCACCCUCCAUUGACGAGUACACAAUCAACAAAGGCCUCAUUGGACAAGGUGACAUCGACUUCAACAACAAUGAGAUGAAAAACUUGACCGACGCCAUAUGCCUGUCUCACUGCACGCUCAUCUCCUUAGGUUUUUUGUCUGACCAGCCAAGCAGCCUGGACUUUGAGAAGUUGACAUCUUACAUGCAGAAGAAUCUUGAGGACGACGAAGAGAUGAGCCCCUGGGUGCCCGUGUUCCAGGAGGCAGCUAAGAAUUGCACCUCUUACAUACAAGAAAAAAUGGGCACCAUCCAAGACCGAAUAAACGACGUUGAUUCAACUUGCUUCACAAAACCAUACCUCUUCAUUCAAUGCGUUCAACAGGCAUUUUUAAUGAACUGUCCUAAGCCGUCAGAUCAGGCGACAAGAGAGAUCUGCACGUCGACAAUAUCAGGAAUGAAGAUGUGCAAUCCGUUUGAUUAAGAACAUUUAAUUAUGAUCCCUUUUAUACAGACAUUAGUUUAAAGCGAAUAAAUACAUAU